CAUCACUACUCCACAACCAAGUUUUAUCCCCCUUUUCUAUAUUGUUCACAUUACAACAUGUUACGAAGUCAAAGUAUAUCAAACUUGAAUGAACGGAAAAGUGGUAUAUUUCAAGGGUUCCGGUCUAAAAAAUCUGUUCAAGAGAAGAAAUCAUCAGAUAAUCUCCGUAAACAUAGACCACUUUCACAAUCAAUCUCAUCCCUUAAUCUUAGUCAAAGAUAUAACGAUAGCAUUGACUCUAAGAAAACUUCAUAUACCUCGACAGUAGCAAGACAGAGAGGAGGUUCAGAGAAUAAAGAAAACUUAAACCAACUGUCUAAAGUUAAUCAUUAUUCACUUCAACCAAUAAAAUCAUCAAGUUCAACUACAAGAAUUUCCACCACCACAGCCACCAAUAAUAAUAACCAUUCUUCCAAUCAUCAUCAUCAUCAUAAACUUAAAACCAGAUCUAGUGAACCACAUUUGAAAAGACACUCCAUGCUUCCAAUGUCAGCUCUUCAUUUCAACUUAACAAAUUUAUCCCAAUCGGCAAAUUCUACUCCUCCUAUAGAUAUUCUUCCCGACGAAAUAUCUGAUAAGGCUUCAAUUUAUGACUCUGAUUCCAUUGAUAGUCCUCCAACUUAUUCUCCUUAUACUCCUGACACUGAAAACAUUUAUGAUCCACUUUUGGAUCUGGCAUCCAUUUACAUUGAUAAUGAUUUUGAAUUUGGUUAUGAAGAAGAAGUUGAAGAUAAAUUCUUAAACUAUCAAAAGCAAACAAUUGGUCGUACAAACAAUUUAAAUAAUAUUGGUGAAUUUGUUAAACUCAUAGAUGAACAUCAUGAAUCAUUACUGAACCGUUUACCAAUCAAUAACCGGAAAUCUCUUGAUAUGGAACAAUUAGAACACAAUCAAAUACGUGAGAGUCUUCAAUUGAACUUGAAUAAAGAAGCCAAUGAAGACAAUUAUAUAACCAAACUCAAGCUUGUUGAAAAUGCAGUUUUCGUUGGGUUUGAAAUUCCACACAUUACCAGUAUUGGUAAUUAUGAACUAGAAGAUGAUUAUAGUGGAGUCCUCAAAAACGAAUCAUACGAUGAUCGGGAAGAAGACUUCUACAUUAGGGUAUAA